CUUCCUCACAGUGCCAUUAUUUCUCGAGUGGCUUCCUCUUCAGCGAACACACACACUUCCUCCACUACAGCAACACUUUGCUUGACUGCUGUGACGCUCUCAGACAGAUUGUAGGCUAUAUGUUCAUACGAAACCUGCCAGUAAAGAUAGUAUGUUUGGUGUCUGAGACAGUGAAGGGGCCAGAAUGCAGAGCAUCAAGUGUGUGGUGGUAGGAGACGGCGCAGUGGGGAAGACCUGCCUCCUCAUCUCCUACACCACCAACGCCUUCCCCAAGGAGUACAUCCCCACUGUUUUUGACAACUACAGCGCCCAGGUGACUGUGGACAGCAGGACUAUUAGCCUCAACCUGUGGGACACAGCAGGCCAGGAGGAGUACGACCGCCUGCGCACCCUCUCCUACCCUCAGACCAACGUGUUUGUCAUCUGCUUCUCUGUUGCCAGCCCCCCCUCCUUUGAGAACGUCAAGCACAAGUGGCACCCAGAGGUCACCCACCACUGUCCCAAUACGCCCAUUCUGCUGGUGGGCACCAAGAAGGACCUGCGUAAUGACCCGGAGGUGUUGAAGAAGCUUAAAGAUCAGAACCAGACGACCAUCACCCAACAGCAGGGCACCGCCCUGGCCAGGCAGAUCCAAGCCAUCAAGUACCUAGAAUGCUCUGCCCUCAACCAAGAUGGAAUCAAAGAGGUGUUCGCUGAGGGUGUGCGAGCCUUUCUCAACCCACAACCUGUCGCCACCAAGAAACCCUGUGUGCUAUUGUAAAGGCAGUAGAGAUACUAUCACGUAUGCAAAUCAAACAGAACAAUAUUAAUUAAUUGAAUGUGUGUAAACCAUUGGAGUUGAUUGUAUUGUGAAAUGUGUUUUUGUUGUACUGCUGAUAACAAACACUGCUAUAUCAAGACUUCCUUGAGACAAGGGGAUCAUUGAGGCAGAGCCAUUGGCUCAAGAUGGAUGCCUCAAAACUGAGCCAAUGUUAGGUAGGCAAGACAGGCCUGGGUCAAAUGCUGUCUGCAAGAAUCCUUACUUUUGUAUAUCCAUUAUUUUUCCCCCUUCCUUUAUAGCAAUUAACCAAAAAGACCUGAGACUUUCUGUUGAGGAGAUACAUUCUCUCAUUUAUCAGUGCUUGUAUUGUUGUCACAUUUUGACAUGUAUGGCCUUUACAAAAAUAAUUAAAACAUAUCAGGAAUUUAAAUAUCCAUACUCCCAUAAUUAAUAGUUGUUGUUUUUUUACAAAUAUUUUGUUGUAUCAUAGAAGUAUGUAUUUUUACACUAUCAGGUUUUUUUGUUAGUGCUAUUCAACUUUGUUUGAAUGUGUUGUUUGCUGGACACAAAAGAGGAAAUGCAGAGAGGUUUUUGAUAAGAAAUGCAUAGGCUGAUUUUCCUAUCGAAGGUCAUUAGUCAGUGUGUUUGUGUGUGUGUGCACGCGUGCGUGCGUGUGUGUGUGAUAGAUGAGAGGAGAGAGACAGGAGAGGCGAGAGAAAUGGAACCUGGUUGUAACUUCCCUCUGAAAGUCCUUAGCUUAUUAUCUAUUUUAGUUAAGAUGGGGUUAUAUAUGUUUUAAUGUUGUGUAACUAUAUUGAGAAGGCCAUGACCCCACUCUUCGAGGGUGUCUCGGGGUUGGGAAAGGCAAAAAAACACAUUUCCAAUUCAAACAUAAGCACCCACCAAAAAAUAUUAUUAUUAUUAUUGCAUCUGUACUGUUGUAAACGAGAGAUGGAAAUUGUGUGCAAACUGUAGUGUAGAUUACUUUGACAUGUCUUUAUUCUUAUUAUCAGGAACAGCAAAUAAAUGUGUUGAUCAAUG